AUGGGACUCGUGAUUAUUAAUAUCUAAGAGCAGCUGUAAUUUCAAAUCAUUAAAAAUCUUUGGAACAUAGUAAUUUCAGUCAAGUUUCAUGGUAUAUAAGUUGACACUUAGAUUUAUUUGUCAUUUCAAAAAUAAAUUCAUUCUCAAAUGACCUGUAAACUUAACUAUAAAAAUUUACUUUAUAAAAUUUUUACAUUUUAAUUCAUUUUUAAUGUCAUUAAAGUGAAGAAACUAAAUUGA